AUGGCAGCAACAAAAACAUCAUCAAAAACAACAACGUUUUUGCCAUUGUUGUUCUUCUUCUUCUCUUUUCUCCUUAACCUCUCCGAAUCUAGACUCACCUUAGACUACUACAAACAAACAUGUCCACAAUUCGAACAAAUCGUCCAACAAACAGUAACCUCAAAACAGAUCCAAUCACCAACAACCGCCGCCGCCACACUCCGUCUCUUCCUCCACGACUGCCUCCUCCCUAACGGCUGCGACGCCUCCGUCCUCCUCUCCUCAACCCCCUUCAACAAAGCUGAACGCGACAACGACAUCAACCUCUCUCUCCCCGGCGACGCCUUCGAUCUCAUCGUACGCAUCAAAACCGCCCUCGAAUUCUCAUGUCCCAACACCGUCUCUUGUUCCGACAUCCUCUCCACCGCCACACGCGACCUCUUAAUCAUGCUCGGUGGUCCCCACUACAACGUCUACCUCGGCCGCCGCGACGGCCGAGCCUCCGCCUCCCCCUCCGUCAACGGCCAUCUCCCUAAACCAUCAAUGCCAAUGUCACAAAUCAUCGAAAUCUUCACCAAACGCGGCUUCACCGUCGAAGAAAUGGUAGCACUUUCCGGUGCUCACACAGUCGGAUUCUCUCACUGUUCAGAAUUCUCUUCCGAAAUAUACAACAAUUCAUCCUCUCCAAGUUCAUACAAUCCUCGUUUUGCUGAAGCCUUACGAAAUGCUUGCCGUGAUUAUCAAAAGAAUCCAACUUUAUCGAUUUUCAACGAUGUUAUGACACCAAACAAGUUCGAUAAUGUUUAUUUUCAGAAUCUUCCAAAAGGUUUAGGGGUUUUGAAAUCGGAUCAUGGUUUGUUCAGUGACCCAUUAACGAAACCGUUUGUGGAAACUUUUGCUGCGGAUGAAGAUAGAUUCUUUAAGGUUUUUGCUUCUUCAAUGCAGAAGCUUAGUCUUUUGGGUGUGAAAACUGGUAGGAGAGGUGAGAUCAGAAGAAGAUGCGAUCAGAUUAAUUGA